UGAGGCAAGCUGUAAGAAAGUAAAAGUUUAAAACGCCGUUUUUCGCUUGACACUGAAUGCAACAUUAGCCAAAUAGCUAGCGUGAGAAAAUGCAUUUUGUUGACGUCACGCGCUGUGGGCUUUUCGCGGGAUUUGAAGGCCUGUCUGACUCAGGAAGCAGGGGAUAAAAGCACUGAAUAGUACACAGAGUCCCAAGAUCCUCCAGUGGAUCUUUGCAGACUGUGAAGGAUGCCCCCAAAGAAAAAGCCCAGAGUGAGAAAAGCAUCUGCAAAUUCAGGCAAAAUCGUCGAUGCCGAGAAAACCUCUACAGCUGGCGGGAAGAGGAAAGCUGCAGCUCCUGAUGCAAAAACCGGGAAGGUUUCUGAAUCUGCAGGCUCUCCCGUUUUCGCCCACUGGCUCAUGAAGUCUGAGCCCGAGAGCCGCUUUGAAAACGGCGUCGACUUGAAGUUUGGCAUCGAGGAUCUGAAGGCUCUGCCCGAUCAGACCAGCUGCUGGGACGGCGUCCGCAACUACCAGGCUCGUAACUUCAUGAGGCAGAUGAAAGUGGGGCAGCAGGCCUUCUUUUACCACAGCAACUGUAAGGAGCCGGGGAUCGCAGGGGUCAUGACAAUCGUGAAGGAAGCCUACGUGGACCACACUCAGUUUGACAAGAAUGACGCUCACUACGAUGCCAGCAGCACGCCGGACAACCCCAAGUGGAGCAUGGUGGAUGUUCAGUUUCAGAGAAUGAUGAAGCGUUUUGUUCCUCUGUGGGAGUUGAAGGAACACCACCUCCAGCACCGUGCCAACGGAGGACCUCUGAAGGAAGCGGCUCUGUUCACCAGGGCCCGGCUCUCCAUUCAGCCUCUCACUCCAGAGGAAUUUGACUUCAUUUUGAGUCUGGAGGACAAAGAGCCACUGUGAAGGACUGGGUUCACGACACUGUGAAACCAUUCACUAUUUAGAAUAAUAAAUUAGUUUGUUUUGACCAGAGAUUUCUUCUGGGAGCUUGCUUUAGCAGGAAUAAAUUAAACUGUUGCAUGUAAGAAGGAUGCAUUCACAACAUACGGACAACAUGACACCACACGCGCAAGUUCUGCUCGAUGACUAUCUUUGGUUUUAGCUGUCAAGUUGUCAACGUAACGCGUGAAAUCUUAAAUGUAUGCGUGAUAUACGAAAGAAAAAACGACGCAGUGCUUUGCUACUGAUUGUGAAUACUAUGACAGAUAGAUAAGGUCCAAGGGUAUCACAUUUCCCAGGUCAAGAACAGUUUUAAUAAAAAAAAUAGUGAGGUCAGUUAUGCUAGCUUGACUCUGACAACCUUAGCAUGUAGAUGUGCUGUGGAAUUUGGACGUUUGAACAUUAUAUGUUUGACUUUCUUCUAAACACAAAUUAGAAUUUUGUUACCAACCAAUACAAGAAUCUUUUUAUGUUGUUCAUAAGGCGAAAAUGAAAAUUGUGCACAAUGCUGAUCUAAAUUAUGCGACUCGUGUUUGCAUGACAGGAAGUGAUGAUGAAAAAUGCAGCAACGACUUCACCGAGUUGAACGCGAUUACAUCAGGGAAGGCAACUCUCUCUUUCCUUUUCUUUUUUUUUGGUGAGUUAUGCAUUUUUAAAGAGAGAAAAAGGAGACACAUCUGUGGAAUUUAUGGUUAUUCUUUUAUAUUAAAAAAAUGUGAAACACUUAUUCUGCCUUUAUCUUAGCAAAGAGAUGCAUUUCUGUUUUCUCAGGCAGAGACUCUAACUAUGUAUUAUAAUGUUGAAAUAGAGAUGGAUUUUCCUCCUUGGAUCUGCUACCCAUCUAGGACGAUUAAAGAUAUGGAAGUUCAGAACAAUAAAACAAAAACCAUGAGUUUAAUUUGUAGUACAGUUAUGUGUUGCGCUACCUGAGUGCUAACAUUUGCAGAUAGGAAUUCCUCAAAGAGAGUUAGCAAUUGUUAGCACUGGUGCCUUACAGGAAGAAGUCUCAUCCAGAGACCUUGCCUCAGUUUUCUUUUUGUAUGAGGGACAUUCUUUUUGAAAGAGGCUAAAUGCUAGCUUUUAUUUUAGAGGCAGCAUCUUUCUUUUACAUCUGAGCUCGUGUACAUUUGAAUAAAAUUGUGUUUUUAACUGGGGAUCAGAGAGAGAGCCAUAGUUCAGCUUUCUGUUGCGUGGCAGUACCUGAUCUCAUUUGAAAGAACGCCUGUCCUUGGGCACAUCUGCCCCUCAUCAGGCUUGGCACAGUUCGUAACGAGACAAUUCAAAGCGGAGCUAAGUCUCUCUGGUGAGAUGUUCUUUCGGAGCACAGCUCCUCCUCUACAUUAUCCAGCAGCCCCUUUUGUCUCCCUGCAUUAAGAUUUAAUAACCUGAAUGUCAGCGUGCAGAUCAGCAGUAAUACCAGCCGACGCUAUGAUAACGGCAACACGCCAUUGUGGUGUUUUUGCGGUACGUCUGGAAAUCCUUCCCCAAAUCUGUUUAACAGAAACACAAGGCACCUUCAUUUGACUACAUACAGCAGCCGCACGGCCUUGGGCCUGACAAGCUGGCUGCAUAAAUAUUCUAUACCCUUGAUGUGAGGCGUCAUUUUCACUAACUGGUUUGCAAAGACAUUUUAACCAGUUACACUAGUUGUAAUACUCUGCUGCACAAGCUCAAAAAGACAAAGAAGCUGAGUUUGCCAACUAGUGCAACUUUUAUUUUUUUUAAGGCCUGCUAGAUGGACAAAGCAACACACAAUGCAACAAUAUAGCAAUUACCACAAGUCUAGUGUGAUAGUUGGCAUUCAGUGCCUUCACAUAACUAUCCAUCCAUUCAUUGUCUAUAACUGUUAGUCCUUGUCGGGUCUGAGGUCUAAUUUUAGCUUUCAUUGGGUGAGAAGUGGGGAACAUGUUGUAUGCUGUAACAUAUUACUAGUCUUGGAUUAAAGUGGUUGACAAGCAGGCCCUAAAAUCCAGUGAUUUGGUGGAUGAGCUUGUCAAAGCUUAUUUUAACCACAUUAUUCAAGCCGUUGAACAAAAUAAGCCCAACUAGUUAACUAGUGAAGAUUUAGGAACAUACUUACACAUUGUCAAUUUAUAUUAAAACGUCUAUGUUGUAAUUUUUAAGAAAAACACAGACUUGCUAACUGGCACACCUUGCUAGUGCAGCGUUGGACUUCCUUUCUCCUUUAAACGUUCUCCCCAAACCCUCAAGAUGGGUGAGUGACAAUCCCAGCAGAAUUACAAUUUUUGAAAUUCUGCGACCAACCAGUCUUCCAUGAACAACCAAACCAAGUUCAAAGUCACUUAAAACCAACGUCUUUCCCAUUUCUGAUGCUCCCAACUUAAGGAGGUCGAUGGGUGUAACUAGUAAGUAGCCAGUGAGCAUAACUCAUCACAAAGCUAAUUGGGACUAUGUUAGCCUGGUAAAACAAUGCCUUUGUUCUAUGCUUUACUUUGUACAAAGGUCUGGACUCUAGGCUAUUUGCUUGCUGAAGGUGUGAACUUUAUUGGAGUUUUAAAUUUUACCCAGUUGCUAAAGUUUGGCCGUGAUGUAACACAUCUAUUUGACGCUAUGAAGCUUACCAGAAAUUACCUGCGCUGUAAACAACCAUCCCUCACUGCGAAGAUUAAAGAUGGCUAUUAAUUCAAUAUUUGAAAGCGUAGCCAACCUGAACCGAAUGGCUACGUUUCACUUCUACCUCUGCCAAACUACAACCACGGCAGACUACAAUUCUGAAACGGCACAGAAAAUUUGACGUCAUUGCUCACAAUUCCUCUUUCUGUCCGCUGAAUGGCCUGGUGGAAAUUCUACUGGGCAAAUUGAGCUCAAUGGGGAAAGACGAAGCACUGAAUGGAGAUGAGAAUCGAGCAGAAUCGUAUGGCUAGGCUUUCGUGCUACUACAUAGCUGGACACCAAUCCACUAGUUAGCAAAGUGUUGGUGUCUAAACUGGUACAGAAGUGGUAUUAGAAAUGUAAAACUAGUGGAAUUAGAAAGCGAUGGCCAUCAGUGGUAUUUUUACAACCCGGAACUAAUGUUUGUGUUGUCUCAAGCUUUGACUGCUACUUUCAUUUUGCAUUCAGAAUUGUGCCGCAUUAAUAAAUCCACUCAAUUAUGGACAAACACACAAGAGUUUUCCAUUUGGCAUCAAUUUAUUGGACGCUUGGGAAUGAGGAGUAAUCGAUAAGCAUUUUGCAAAAGAUAGAUAGUUCUACUGUAAUUUUUCUCUGGUUAAAAGACUAAAAUCAUGUUAGAGGCAGGAAGAUUUUCAUUAGCUUAAUACACAUAGGCACAACUUUCAAGUCUCUAAUGAGGAGGAUACAGAUGACUCCAUACGGUCGGACCCUAAUACAAACACUUCUCCGAAACACCACUGGAAUGCUGAGGUAAAAGCACAUGGACAUGAGAAGGUCAAUCUGUAGCUCUGUGUCCGGGUUAAAUCAACCUAUACAAGCUGGAACAGGUUAACAGGUUUGACUGGUCUUAUUUACAGAUUAAAAAAACAACACAAAAACAGAAAGUGGGAUAAUACUUCAAAGCUCUCGCCCAAACGGGUUCCAGUUUCUGAUGCGUUUUGUGCAACAA